AUGCAGCAGAUCAAGGCUGCUGUGGAAUAUACAAUGGAUGAGAUUCGAGAGGUGUUGGAUAUCAAUUACUCCGGGGUCUUCCUUACGGCCACCGCGGUUGCUAGGGAAAUGGCAAAGUAUAAGUGUAAGGGCUCGAUGGUACUGAUCGCUAGUAUGAGUGGUUUCGUGGCUAAUAAAGGGUUAAUAUCACCGGUAUACAAUUCGUCAAAGGCCGCUGUAACCCAACUUGGCAGAAACCUAACGAUGGAGUGGGGAAAGAUCCGGGAAGAUGGUUCGGGGGGCAUCCGUGUCAACUCGUUGUGCCCCGGCCAUAUCGAGACGCCUAUGGUCAAGAAAAAUUUCGAGCAAGAACCUGGAUUGAAAGAAAUUUGGCUAAAAGAGAAUAUGCUUGAGAAGCUUUCUGCGCCUAAAGAAUUUAGAGGCGCAAGUCUAUUUCUAUUAAGUGAAGCUAGUAGCUUUAUGACAGAGGCAAGUUUAGUCACAGAUGGGCUAGUGACACGCAAGAUGGCAUCAAAGCCCGAUAUCUGGCGAUGGACUCGUCAUGAUACCUAA